AGGAAGAUGACUUGGCUAUUUUUAGCCAGUCGUGGGCCGGGAACCGACGCUUCCCCAUGUCUGAUGUUUUUCUCUCUACGCCUCCGUUCAAAGAAGGAAGAAAAUAGGUCGAGGAAGUCCGGGAAAUGGAGCAUAGACAGGGCUUUUUGCCCAGGUGCAAGCGAAAAAGCAAAAGAAACAUUCACAGAAAACGUAAGAGAAAGCGAUAGCAGAACACCAGAAGAAUCAAAUUAUUAUGGUGAGGAAGAAAUGAAGAUGACUCGCAUUGUUGGAGUAGCUCUAGAGAGAGGUGAUAUGGGUCUCGGAAUAACUCUCAGAUCGGGACCUCCAAAUCAGGCUGGCUAUCGACCACUUGUUAUAACAAAAAUUAAACCCAAUGGACCAGCUGACCGAGAUGGCACAAUCAAAGUUGGAGACAGAUUGUUAGGAAUAGAUGGACAAAGGCUAACUGGUUUAACGUUAUCAGAAGCUGAAAGAUUACUUGUAGCUCCGAAUGGAGGGCGUCCUGUUUGGUUAAGUGUAGAAUAUGACAUUUCAAUUAUGACUGCUAUGCGAGCAGCUGGUCCUUUACUAGUUGAAAUAGAAUCACCAUCUGGAAAAACUGAUCUUGGUCUCACACUAAUGGAUUCCAUUUCUGGAGUUAUAGUAUCAAGUGUAAGGACUGCCAGCAUAGCAGAAAGAUGUGGUGCUGUCCUACCAGGAGAUCAAAUUUUAGCUGUUAAUGAAUACAGAAUAGAAAAAUUAAAAAUUUCUGCUGCUAAAGUAAUGCAAAUAUUGGCUAAUACCGAAUGUAAACUAUUUCAAAUAGAAAUUCUUCCAGUUGCUGCUGUUAGCUUAGGAGAUAUAGAUAUCCAUCUCAACUCUUCAAUGAAUAGUGUUUCACAAGAGUGUCAUGACUUCAAUGAUAAUUUAGACAACUUUCAUUAUAACCAUUUAGGAAAGCAAAUUUUAGAAGAUGAUACUCCACAACUUAAAAUUGAGUCUGGGAUAGUAACACUCAACACAACACCCGGAACUGGUUUUGGGUUGAUUUUCAGAUCAGCACCUUCAAAAAAAGGUGCAGUCAUCUGUUAUAUCGAACCACAUGGAAUAGCUGACAGAAGUGGAGUACUACAAAUUGGCGAUAGAAUACAAACUAUAAAUGGAAAAUCGGCAGAUAAAUAUGAAAGACUAGAAGAUAUUGCAAAACUGACAGUAGUAAUUACAAUUCAGUUUGAUGUUGAAGUACAUUCCUGCUCUGAUGGGCCAUUUUCUGUUACAAUUACUAGAUCUGAAGGUUCUGGUUUCGGAAUUACAAUAAGCGGAGAAUACAGAAAAGGUGUUGUAAUUUCGCAUAUCAAGUGGGGUUCAGUUGCCCAUCGAUGUGGAAGACUGUUUGUUGGUGAUCAACUCCUAGGAAUCAAUGGAACAGAUAUCAGGGGUGAUCUGUCAACUGCUCUAGAAAUAUUCAAAUGUUCAAAAACAACUGUGACAUUUAUUGUAAACAGAACUAGUUCGGAUUUGGGUUAUUCCAGUCCGGGUCUUCCAUCAGUUGACUCUGCAGUGGAAUCAUGGGAUAGCAGUGACAUUCCUAACUUACAAAAUGAAUUCCAGAGGCAAGAAUUUAGGGACACAUGGAGAACUGGUACUAAUGAAAGCACUAACAGUUUCGCCUCCCAGCAUUCAGAUGAAGAAACCUAUUCCUCUCUGAGACUUUCAGAAAGUGUGCUGGAUGCAAUAUCUGCUGCACAACCAAAUGGCUUAACAAAGAAACCCCCUUCACCACCUUGCCCUCUUCAAACAAAUUAUAGGCUCAGAAAAGUAAAUCUCCCUACACAUUGGAGAGGUUCAAGCAACAUAAAUAACUCUGGUUUGACAAGUCUUGAGGCAGAAGCCAUAACUUCUCAUCCAGAUAUUAAUACUUCACCGCGUACAUUUAGGACAUUUAGAGGACUUAGUAAAGAUGAUGACAACAUGCAACAACCCCAAAAAAGUAUUCCACAAACUGUUUUUCAGGUAACUCUGACUAAAAAUAUGGUAUUUGAAGACUUUGGAUUUAGUGUUUCUGAUGGUUUAUAUGAAAAAGGUGUUUUCAUAAACUCAAUCAAACCAGGAAGCCCAGCUGAUCAGUCUAAAAUGCUCAAACCAUAUGAUAAAAUCAUACAGGUGAAUGAUGUUCCUACUCAUGACUUGGACUGUUGUAUGACAGUCCCCCUUAUGGCAUCAGCUGGCCAGACACUCACAUUGACUGUAGUGAGAUAUCAAGAUAGAAAUUCAACUAACAGUCAAAUUAGUUGGAUAGAAGAAGUGGGAGAAGAAGCAGGAGAAGCAUUUAAAGUGACAGAAACAAUUUAAGCACAUCAAAACAUAUGUCCAUAUAUAUAUAGUCCCUUAUGAUGUAAAAAUUCUGGACAACCUACACACUUUAAAGAAUUAACUAUUGUUAUUUACAUAAAUUUAUUUUUUUACUUUGUAUUAACAAUUAUUUUUUAUGUUAUUCUAUAAUUAUAAUUUAGAUUGUUAAAAUAAACAAUCAAUGGUUACUGAUAACUAAUUUAAUGAUAAUAUAUAUAAUUGAAAUAAAAAAUCAUUUCCAUUAUUUAAAUAAUAAUUUCAUGUUCUUUAAAUUAUAUCAAUUUUUUAUAAAAAUAUUAAUUUUAUUUACUUUUCAGAAUAAUAAGAAAAAAUCCACUUGAAAGUAGUAAUCCAUGUUCAAUAUUAAAUUAAAGUAAUGA